GAAAGGACGUGAUGCCAUGUGAAUGCCGGUUCAAGAUCUGUAGGGAUUGCUUCAUGGAAGCCCAGAAAGAGACAGGUCUUUGUCCAGGAUGCAAGGAACAAUACAAAGUCGGAGACAUGGAUGAUGAUACCCCUGACUUCUCUAGUGGUGCUCUCCCCUUACCCGCUCCAGGAAAAGACCAACGUGGCAACAACAACAACAUGUCUAUGAUGAAGAGGAACCAAAACGGCGAAUAUGAUCAUAACAGAUGGUUAUUCGAGACGCAAGGCACAUAUGGUUACGGUAAUGCGUAUUGGCCCCAAGACGAAAU